AUGGACCAGAAUGCACCUGCCCCAUCGCAGCAGGCGCCGCAGCAACUAACGAAACAGAUUAACAUUGGAGCCGGCGAUGGUUCCAUCUUCUCACAGCUGACGGCGAACCCCUUCUUUACCGCGGGCUUCGGUCUAGCAGGACUCGCUGCUGUCGCCCGAAUAGGCCAGCAAGGAUUACGACGGGGCGCUUCACUUCUACGCCGGCGGCUGCUUGUAGACCUCGAGAUCACUCGUCACGAUGAAUCGUACCAAUGGCUCCUGCACUGGAUGUCCGCGUAUCAAAGGGCACAACUGGCGAGUGCGGAAGGAAGCGUGGGAGUAGCUAGCAAUGUUCAACAGCGCGGUGCAUUCUCAUCCAUAAUCCGCCGAAUCACGCCUCGCCUGCACCACCUUCAGAUCCAAACUGCGAAGGUGAAGCGAGCAGAUGGCGCGCCUCACACGCACUUCGCAAUCGUGCCUGGUCCAGGAAAGCAUCUUAUGCGCUACGGCAAUGCAUUCAUCAUGGUGGACCGACAGAGGGAGAAAACGUUUGAUCUGCAGACCGGGAUACCGUUCGAGACGGUGACCUUGACAACGCUCUACGCAUAUCGUCACGUGUUCGAGCAGCUUUUCAAAGAAGCUCAUCAGCUGGCAGCACAGAUGCACGAGGGCAAAACAGUCAUAUUCACGUCGCGUGGAACUGACUGGGAAACUUUUGGGCAGCCCAAAAGGAAACGGCCCUUGGAAUCCGUGGUGUUAGAAAAAGGUGUCAAAGAACGGAUAGUUGAGGACAUCCAAGCCUUUCUGGGAGCUAGGACGUGGUAUCUCGACCGUGGCAUCCCAUACAGACGGGGGUACCUACUGUACGGACCACCGGGCACCGGCAAGAGUUCGUUCAUACAAGCACUUGCUGGCGAGCUUGACUUCAACAUUGCUAUUCUCAAUGUGAGCGAGCGCGGGUUAACCGAUGACCGACUAAACUACCUACUUCAGAAGGUGCCGCCGCGGACGAUUGUCUUGCUCGAGGAUGCUGACGCAGCCUGGGUCAACCGCUCACAAGCGGAUGAGCAUGGCUAUGCGGGCGCUACAGUCACCUUUUCCGGAUUGUUGAAUGCAUUAGACGGAGUAGCAAGCGCGGAAGAGCGCAUCAUAUUCCUGACGACCAACCACGUCGAGCGGCUUGAUGCAGCACUCGUGAGGCCUGGCCGCAUCGAUAUGACAGUCCGGCUUGGAGAGGCCACUGAGUCUCAGAUAGAGGCACUGUGGGAUCGCUUUUAUGCUGAUGUCGAUGUGGAUGGUGAGGGUAGGAGGAGAUUCAUGCACAGGGUCCAAGAGCUGGGCCUUGUAGGAUCCAUCAGCCCUGCAGCGCUGCAGGGUCUGUUCCUGUAUAACAAGGGGGAUAUGGACGGGGCAAUCGCUCAAGCUGAGCUGCUGUCUGCCGGCCAUGGUCAUGUUGACCUACGCGGGUCUUAA